UUGUCAUUUGGGAGCUUGUUCCACCAUUUAGGAGCCAGGACAGCAAACAGUCGUGAUUUUGUUGAGUGGUUGGCUCGCAGUAAGGGAGCAGCAGGCAGAUAGAGUGAAUGGACGGGCUGGGGUGUAAGGUUUGACCAUGUCCCGGAUGUAGGCUGGGCCCGAUCCGGGAAGAAGGGGACAUAUUCUCCUAAUGUUUUGCAGCCUGUAUCUACAGGAACAGGUUGUUGCAGUAAGGGAGAGUUGACUCUGUGUCACACCCAGGUUCCUAGCAGUCUGGGUGUGGGCUACCACAGAGUUUUCAAAUGUAAUAGGUCAUGGGGUGGGAGAGCUUUUCCCUGGAAGGAGAAGUGGCUCGGUCUUUUCAAGGUUGGUUUUCAGGUGGUGUGCAGACAUCCACUGAGAGAUGUCAGUCAAGCAGAGAUUUGUGCUGCUACCUGUGUUUCAGAAAAAAAUUUAAAUUAAGUCAAGGUGGUUACUAGCUUUGUGAGUAGGAGGGGAAGGGCUGAGUGAGAGCAAAGGAAGAAAGUAAAAGUAGUAGGUCAGAUGACUGUCUGGAUGUUGAAGUCACCCAGAAGGACAAGUGGAGGGCCAUUUUCUGGGAUGUUCAAUAGGAGGACGUCUAAUUCUUCCAAGAAAUCUCCCAAAAGACCUGGUGGAUGGUAGAAAACAAUUGUACCGGAUGAGUAACUGUCACAUCAUGAAAUUCAAAAGACAAUGGUGUAAAAUAUGGCAGCAGGUAGAGAGAAAAACUAAAUUUGGGGGAGAUGAGUAAACCUGUACCACCACCCCUACCAGUGGGUCUGGGUGUGUGGGUGAAAGAGAUGGCAGAGGAGAGAGCAGAGGUGUUGGUCGGUGUGAUCCAAGUCUCAGUGAGAGCAAGGAAGCCAAGCGAUUGCUGGGUAGCAAAGCCAAAGAUGAAAUCUGUCUUGCGGGUAGCGGACUGGCAGUUCCAGAGACACCCUGUGACAAGGUGUUGGAUAUGUGUGAAACGGGUGGGAUAGAUAAGAGAGGAAAGGUUACGGUAAUGUAAAUGAGUGCAAGGCCUAUAGUAUCUACGAGUAGAUAUGUGAACAGGGACGGAAAGUAUACACAUAUUCAAAUAAAAGGAAGCAGCGUUAUAGUCAACCUCCCCCGAAAGACUCCUUUGUCUUUAUCCUCCAAGUCUUCACUGACGCUUCAACCAAUCCCUGGUUUUUAGACACCAGAGUUGACGAUGAUUGGCUACAGCUGUGCUGACCACACCCCCUGCUAAUGAGUGAAAUCAGGCCCCAGGUGGUGAUGGUCCAGCAACAGAAACUCAGCAGAGCUCAACAGCAACAAACACUUUACUUCUCACCUUUAUCAGUGAAGAGCUGGAUACACUGUCCAAAGAUGACCUCAUCAAGUUUGCCAAGAAGCAGAUGGCUGCCAUGCAGAAGAUGAAGGGCAGGUGUGCAGAUUUGGAAAAAGAAGUGGAAUCCACCAAGCGGCAAAACAAAAGCAGUAACAGCAGUUCAGAUGACUCCACGCUGAUACAGGAGCUGACUGAGAGGAUGGAUGCCUUGCUGCUGGAGAAGGCAGAAAUUCAGCAGAGUCUCUCACUGUCUCGUAAAGACCUUGAGAAGACUAAGCAGCAAGGAAAGGAUGAUCUAGCGAAACUGCAAGGAGAGCUUGACCAUGUGAUAGAGGACCACCAAAGAAAUAUCAAGACCCUAGAUAGCAGGAUAGAGGAGUCCAACAACAAACACCAAGAGGAGGUGGCUUUUUUCCAGAAGUUACUGAAAGAGCGAGAAGAGAGUGACAGGGGGAGAGAGAGUGAAAGGGAGAGGGAGCGCCAAGCUGAACAUGCCAGGGCAAAAGAGAGUGCCGAAGAAGUACGCCGGUGCUUGGAAGUGCAGCUGCAAACCAUUCUAACUGAACUGGAAGCUACCCGCGAAGGAAGAACUCAGGAGAUCGCUGAGCUGCAAGAGAGCCACCAAAGGGAGCUGACGGAGGGCCAGCAGGAGGUGGAGAACCUGAAGGAGGAGCUGGCUCAGAAGAGUCUGCAGCAUGAGGAGGAAAUGAGGGCACUGGAGGAGGACUGCGAGAUCGAGAGGGACCGUCUCCUGUUGCUCCACGAGGAGCUGACGGAGCAGCUCGCUCUGAAAGACAGCUAUCUGCAGGAUGUGCAAGAAGAGGAUGAGGAUCCUGCUCGGGGUUCAGGGAUCGCCAAAAUGCUGGCACUGUCUGGAUUAAGUCUGGGUGAGUCCAGCCACAAUGACGGAGAGGAAACAGAGACUGGCAAACUGAGAUCAGCUCUGGAAGACCUCCAAGCCCAGAACACCAUGUUGCAGGAUGAGCUCACCUUGCUCAGUAAUGUGAAAAGUGAACAGGAAGCAGAGCUGGAGAGGAUCAAGGAGGAGUUCCAGAUGGAGAAAGAGGAGAUGGAGUUUAAAAUCAAUGAAUUGCAGUUGACCAGGGAAAGUGCCUCCAAUGACACUGUAGGGACUCUCUAUCCAGACCAACAACAGGUCCAAGGAGAAUCCAAGGAGUCGGCAACGGAUCCAGAGGAGCAGCAGAACCUGAGGGAUCAGUGUGAGGCCUUGACCAGGGACAGAGACUCUGCCCUGGCUGAGUGCCAACACAUGAGGGGCAUACUUCAAGGUGUAGAGACAGAGCUGGUGGAGAAGACACAAGAUUUUGUUGAUCAGUACAAUGCCAUGAAGGAGCACGGAGCUAGUACUCUACAAGAACUCCACGAUAAGAUCGCUCAUCUCAGCCAGGAGAGAGAUGCACUUUUGGUGAAGGUCAAAGAGGUUACAGAGGAGAACAACACUCUGAGUGACACCAUGGCUCAACAACAGCUGAAGCCUGAAGGUUCAACAGCUGAAGACCAGAAAGUCCAGGCAUCCGUAGAGGAACAAACAAGUUUGGUCGGUGGGCUGAAGCAAUCUGUGGAGGAGCUAACCAAGCAGAAUAAGGAGAUCCUCUCUGAGAUGCAGAUGAAGGAAAACAUGACGCAAGACCUUAAAGAGAUGAUCACCAGGCUGACUGAGGAGCGAGACAAAAUACAAUCCCUGCUUCAGACGCGAAUGGAAGAAAUGCAGAAUUUGAAUGAUGAGAGAGCAAAAGAAUUUGAGAGGCUGCUGGAGGGGAAAGAAAGAGAUGCACUUUUGCUGACAGAGGAAAAAGAGAAGGAGCUGAAGGGCUUGAAAAAAGAGAAGGAGGACGAAGUGCAACAUCUGAACGAGGAGAGGGAAAAGAUAGAAGAGAGUCUGAAAGAGGAGGUGAAAAGACGGCAGGAGAUUGUUUCUGCUUUAGAGCUGAGUAUCAAAGAGCUCGCCACAGAGAAGACUGACCUCCAUCACAAAAUGGAAGAGGCAUCCUCGGGGCUCGCCAAAGCCCAGGACGAGAAGGAGCUUCUGUGCUCCAAGCGGGAAGCAGUGGAGGCUCAGCUGGAGCAGGAGAUGUCUGAAAAGCAUCAGCUAGAGGAGAGGUUGAGCUCAGCGACAGAGGAGGCAGAGCAGUCCCGCACCUCCAUCGGAGCUCUGGAAGAAAAUAUGAAUGAGGCACUCAAAAAUUCCUCCGAUGAGGUUGAGGAGCUCCGAGUGCGUGUAGAUGAGCUGGAAAAGGAGAGGGAUCUUUUGAAGACUACUCUCGAACAGGCUCAAGGGGAGAGAAGCGUAGAGGAGGUUCAUAAGGAGCUCCAGGCCCACAUCACUAACCUGGAACAGGAGAGGGACAUGCUGAAAAACCAUCUGGUGGAGUUGGUGAAGGAUAACGAAGGGCUGCAAAAAGACCUGCUGGAACUGAAGUCAGUCAGUGAGAAGAUAAGUGAGGAGAACCAGAAACUGAUGGCUCAAGUUUCUCUGAUGACUGAAGAGAAGGAAGAAGGGGAAAUGGAGGAUAUGCAGCAAGAAAGAAUAGCUUUCUCUGAUCAGCUGACAGAGAAAGACUCGCUCAUUUCUCAGUUGAGGAGUGAAAUGGCUGCUCUCCAGGAGUCUGCUUCCUCUGAGGAAACUGUGGACAAUGAGAUCAAACAGAAAAUAGCGAUCCUGGAGAAAGAAAAGAAAGAAAAGGACGAGAGGAUGAACAAAAUCAAGGCGGUCGCUGUCAAAGCGAAAAAGGAGCUGGACAUCAGUAAGAAAGAGAUUGCAAACCUUAAUGAGGUGGUCGGAUCACUGAAAGCAGAGAGGGAGAAAGUGAGCAGCUCUAUGAAAGAUAUCAUCCACGGUGCUGAAGGCUACAAGAAUCUGCAGAUUGAUUACGACACGCAAACAGAGCAACUGGAUAAGGAGAAAGAGAAGGUGGAGGCGGCAGAGAGACAAAUUGCAGAGCUGACCAAACGACUCAGCAGUGCUGUCACACAGUACGAGAUGUUGAGCAGUCAGAAAGAGGACCUGUUGGCUGGUGGGGAGACCAUCAGGAGCACAGUGAGGCAGCUGGAGGCCCAGAACCAGGAGCUACAAAGACACACAGCCAGUCUUGACAAAGACCUGAUGGCUGAGAGAGCCAUGAAAGAACAGAAGAUCAAGGACUUGUCAUCUGCCGUCAAGGAGGUAGAAGAGCUGACAGCACAGCUCCACAAGCAGCAGCAGCAGUCUCAGCAGACUGCUCAGGAACUGGAGCAGCUACGCAAGGGGGCGCAGCAGAACUCACUGAUGGACAUGGAGAUGGCCGACUAUGAGCGUCUGGUGAGAGACCUCAACGCCAAAAUUUCAGAGAAGGAUGAGUGCGCUGAAGAGUUAAACAGUCAGAUAAACAUACUCUCCCAGAAGGAGGACACACUCAAGCAGGAAAUCGAGGCUUUGAAGUCCCAGCUGGACCAGGGGGAGGAGAAGACCUCCAAUAUGAAACAGCUGCUGGUGCAGACCAAGAAGGACUUGUCUGAUGCCAAGAAACAGGAGAGCUCCCUCAUGAUGCAGCAGGCCUCUCUGACAGGAGAGCUGGAGGCUAACCAACAGCAGCUAGAAAGCUCCAAGAUCGCGGUGUGCGAGCUGACGGCAGAGCGUCAUCGUCUGCAGGAGCAGCUGAGGUCUACACUGGAACAGCAACAAAGAACCUGCAGCUCCCUGCAGCAACGCAUCAACAGCCUGCAGCAGGAGAGAGACGAUGCUACGGCUGAGCUUGCGGCAACGACAGGCGAGUUUGAGGGCUACAAGGUGCGAGUUCACAAUGUGCUCAAACAGCAAAAGAGCAAAACCACCUCUCAGAGCGAAGGAGACUCUGGCAAACUAGAGAGGGAGCAGUUCUCCUCUCAGGUAGAUCAGCUGAAGUCCAGGCUGGCAGAAAGCCAGCAGAGCCUCCAGAGCAGCACAGCAGAGCUGCAGCAGCUCCAGACUGAACAUGACACUCUACUGGAGAGACACAAUAAAAUCCUCCAGGAAACUGUGAGCAAGGAGGCAGAACUCCGCGAGAGGCUGUUGUCUGUGCAGUCAGAUAAGAUGGCUCUGCGCUCAGACCUGUCCCAGGCUCAGAGUGACCUGUUGUCUCAGGUGGAGGCCCAGCGGCAGACGUACAGGGAGCAGCUAAGGAGGCUGCAGGAUGACCACCGAGCCACUGUAGAGACCCUGCAAAGCCAGCUGACCCGUGUUGAGGAGCAGCUCUUCACACUGCAGAACCAGAACAGUGCAGUGUCGGUCCAGUCCAGCCGCAAGUCUCUGUCCUCAGACCCUCAACGCAGAAACACCGAUCAAAACCAGAUAGGCCUGGGACUGAUGGCUCUCAGCGACCUUCAGUCUAUGGCCAGGGAAGAGGGCGAGGGUAUGGAGAUGACUGAAAGUGAGAGCCCUUCUCCUGCACUUACACCCCUCCCCUCUCUGGAGCAGCUCCUCAUGUCUCCGGAUCCCAAACAAGAGCCAUUUGUGUGGACAGUGGAGCCGACCAAAGAAGAGCUAAGUCAAAAGCUGACCACAGCCACACGCAGCAUGGAGCAUAUGAACAGCCUGCUGCAUGAAACCGAGGCCACCAACGCUGCUCUCAUGGAGCAGAUCACUUUGUUGAAGAGUGAAGUGCGUCGUCUCGAGCGAAACCAGGAGAGGGAGAAGAGUGUGGCCAACCUGGAGUAUCUGAAGAAUGUCCUGCUGCAAUUCAUCUUCCUGCGAUCCGGCAGUGAGAGGCAGGGACUGCUGCCAGUUAUUCACACCAUGCUGCAGCUCAGUCCAGAGGAGAAAAGCAAACUGGCUGCCAUUGCACAAGGUGAGGAGGAGGGGUCUGGGUCUCGGGGCUCGGGCUGGUCCUCCUAUCUCCACAGCUGGUCUGGAAUCAGAUAGACCUGAAUCCAAACCAGCUCAACAAUGGGAACAUUGGGAGCACAGUGCUAAGACGUUACUGGAACUUUUUCUGUGAAAACCUGUAUUGUUCAUUCAAAACAGUGUCAAAUGAGUGAUAUGCUAACUGGGGAAUUUAAUAAUGUUUGGAGACAUAAUAGAAAGGACCAAAGAAUGUACAAAAACUGAAUGACAAUGUGGGACAGAGAUGAAACUAAAUCAUUUAGAUGAAUAUUUAAUGAGCAGUGCAAUAGAUACACCAGUCUCUUGUCAAUGAAUGUGAACAGGGACAUGAUUCUGUCUUCCAUGAUUUUUGACUUAUAUUUAUAACAUUUACUGGACAUGGUUACACUUCCUUGAAGUGGAGCUCAUAAGGGAUUAUAAGGCAUCAUUAUCACAAUGAGAAUAUUGUGAAUGAGUUAAUGAUGUAAGAAACAUUGUUUAAUUUGUGACCAUGUAUGGGGGGGUAACUGUUAAUAGCAUAACAUCAAUACAAUAUUUAGAUGUUUGAUUACUUUGCAAGAAAGAAUUCCACAUCUAAUGGGCAGCACAGGAUAUUUGAAGGACUUCUACUGUUUUAGGUCUUUUGUGGACAAAUAACACACAUUUCUUUCAGUUGUUUUUAAGGACUCUACCUGUACAGGUGGCCAUUUUGAAAUAAUUUCCACUUUUAGUUUUUACUGUCGUGUGGAAGGUGGGGGGGGGGAAAUCUUUACUAUUCUGUGCUUUGGAAACAGUCUUAAGUAUGUGAUUUCAGUGCAUGAGCUAAAGCAAACAUCCAUCAUAAAAUCGCUUUAUUUACAAAGAGGUGCAUAUCUAACUUUUAUCAGGUUCACCUGACCAACAUCACUGAGCAGUAUCAUACAUGGUAUAUUUGCACUUUUCCUGACUGAGCGUGCAGUUGAUCAGUUCACUAAAGCCUGAAGAAUGAAGCAGUUAAACCUUUCUUUUACUCAACUGCAGUUAAUCAUAUUCAAUAGUGAUGGUAUUGAAUUCUGUUUUGGUUUCUGUGUAAUUUGUUGUUAGUGGUUAAUACCAAACUAUUGUUUUCAUGAUUUCUGUUUCCAUUUUCUGGAACCAAUUAUUGAUUUGUCAGUUGUUGUGCUGUCGUUAAAACCUCCAAACAUGAGUGAUUUCGUCUGAAGUCGGCUGUCUUCUCAGUCCCUGUGACACCAAGCACAUCCACCCUGCUAAAGUGUCCUUGAGCAAGACUCCCAACCAGACUCAUGGGUGCUUCUAUUAACAGCGUUCAUCAUGACCUCCGGCCCUACUGUUGGGAUUUUGGAGGGGGACACAACUCCACACAGAGGUCCCACUUCCCCUAAAACACACAUUCAAACAUUUCUGUUCAUGUUUCCUUUACAUAAAUACUGAAGUUCAAUCAUUGAUAAAGAUAAAGUCAUUGAUAAAUCAUUGGAAUCAUUGAAAUCAUUGAUAAAGAUAACUGGCUUGUUCUAAUUCCACUGGCAGCUUUUUUUUUUGUGAUUCUUUCAGCGUGAGUGAAUGUAUUUUUAUCCUAGGCUUUUAUAUUUAUGAGGGUUGAUGUCAGCAGGAGGGAUGAGAAAAACGGACCAAUAUAAUAUCUAUGUGGGUGAAUAAACUUUUACUGUAUAUUGACUGGAGUGUUAUUGUGUUGAAAUCUUAAUUUACAUAAGGCAACAGCUGGUUUCACAGACAGUGGUGUUUCACAGCUACAUGUUUAUUUAUUUUUGGAGAAGUUCCAUGUUGCUGGAACAUACAAGGCACACAGACUGUUCAGAUAUUCAUCAGGAGGGGCUGCGAGAGAGACAACAGAGCACCUCGUGUUUCCAGACUUGUAAAAUCUUAACGUUGCGCAGAUGACACUUAUUUGUUCCUCUCUUUUAAUCAAUGAAUUUGUCACGACUUGCAUUUGUUACCUCAAAUGCGGGAUAGCUCAGAACUUUCUGCAACCAAAUAUGAAUGGGAAUGAUGAUUUGAUAUUUAGGCCUGGCUCAGUUAACCCCCAGUUAAACAUCACUCUCUGUCCCAUGAAUAUAUUGGUAAUGACAUUAAGGCCUGCGCUGGACAUGCACCUAGGUACAUCAGUGGUGUACUGACGUGUGCCCAGUCGGAAUUAACCUGAGGUCCUCACCCAAGGAUUUGCUUGUCGGGUGAGCGGGCCUUUUCUGUUACUCGAUAAAUUGAACUUCCAGGGGAGAUCAGACUGGUUGGCUCCUCUGUUAAAUUGCUCUCACGAAUAUAUUAUUUAUGAAUGUGCUUUUAUUAGCCCUCUGGUCUGAUCUUACUCGUAUCUAUUCAUUCAUCUCUUUUUAUACAAUGACAUUCUUGUAACCCCCAUUUUAUUUAUGUCAAUUAUUUUUCCUGUUUUAUUUUCUUUCUUUUAUUUGGCUUCCUUUCAUUAAAGAUUGCUUGACAUUCUAA